AUGGGGUUACGCUGCCACGAGCCAAGGAACACCUGGGGCUACCAGAAGCUGGAAGAGACCAAGAAGGAUCUCCCCCUAGAGCCUUCGAAGAGAGAGAGCAUGGCCCUGCUGACACCCAGAAUUCGGACUUCUGGCCUCUGGAACUGGGAUGAUACUCAGGUGUGGCUCCCUGACCCAGCGCCCUCUGAGCACCCGGCGGAGCUGGGCCUCCAGAAGAGAGGAUGCUGUCUGGUGCUGGGCUACAUGGCCAAGGACAAGUUUCGGAGAAUGAAUGAAGGCCAAGUGUACUCCUUCAGCCAGCAGCCCCAGGACCAGGUGGUGGUAUCAGGGCAGCCGGUGACACUGCUGUGCGCCAUCCCUGAAUAUGACGGCUUUGUUCUGUGGAUCAAGGAUGGCCUGGCACUGGGCGUGGGCAGAGACCUCUCAAGUUACCCACAGUACCUGGUGGUAGGGAAUCACCUGUCAGGAGAGCAUCACCUGAAGAUUCUGCGAGCAGAGCUGCAAGACGAUGCUGUGUAUGAAUGCCAGGCCAUCCAGGCUGCCAUCCGGUCCCGCCCAGCACGCCUCACUGUCCUGGUACCACCCGAUGACCCCGUCAUCCUGGGGGGGCCGGUGAUCAGCCUGCGGGCGGGAGACCCCCUCAACCUCACCUGCCACGCGGACAACGCCAAGCCUGCAGCUUCCAUCGUCUGGUUGCGGAAGGGAGAAGUCAUCAACGGGGCCACCUACUCCAAGACCCUGCUUCGAGACGGCAAGCGUGAGAGCAUUGUGAGCACCCUCUUUGUCUCCCCCGGUGAUGUGGAGAAUGGGCAGAGCAUUGUGUGCCGCGCCACCAACAAAGCCAUCCCUGGAGGGAAGGAGACUUCUGUUACCAUCGACAUUCAGCAUCCCCCACUUGUCAACCUAUCCGUGGAGCCACAGCCGGUGCUGGAAGACAACAUUGUCACGUUCCACUGCUCAGCAAAGGCCAACCCAGCUGUCACCCAGUACAGGUGGGCCAAACGGGGCCAGAUCAUCAAGGAGGCAUCAGGAGAGGUGUACCGGACCACCGUGGAUUACACAUACUUCUCAGAGCCAGUCUCCUGUGAGGUCACCAACGCCCUGGGCAGCACCAACAUCAGCCGUACAGUCGACGUCUAUUUCGGGCCAAGGAUGACCACGGAGCCCCAAUCGCUGCUGGUGGACCUGGGCUCUGAUGCCGUCUUCAGCUGCGCCUGGACAGGCAACCCUUCCCUGACCAUCGUCUGGAUGAAGCGGGGCUCCGGCGUGGUCCUGAGCAAUGAAAAAACCCUGACCCUCAAAACUGUGCGUCAGGAGGAUGCUGGAAAGUAUGUGUGCCGAGCCGUGGUGCCCCGGGUGGGGGCCAGCGAGCGAGAGGUGACCCUGACAGUCAAUGGACCCCCCAUCAUCUCCAGCACUCAGACCCAGCAUGCCCUUCAUGGGGAGAAGGGCCAGAUCAAGUGCUUCAUCCGGAGCACACCACCACCGGACCGAAUUGCCUGGUCCUGGAAGGAGAAUGUGCUGGAGUCGGGGACGUCAGGGCGCUACACAGUGGAGACGGUCAGCACUGACGAGGGCGUUAUCUCCACCCUGACCAUCAGCAACAUCGUGCGGGCCGACUUCCAGACCAUCUACAACUGCACUGCAUGGAAUAGCUUUGGCUCGGACACAGAGAUCAUCCGACUUAAGGAGCAAGGUUCGGAAAUGAAGUCGGGAGCCGGGCUGGAAGCAGAGUCUGUGCCGAUGGCAGUCAUCAUCGGGGUGGCCGUAGGAGCUGGCGUGGCCUUCCUCGUCCUCAUGGCAACCAUCAUGGCCUUCUGCUGUGCCCGCUCCCAGAGAAAUCUAAAAGGUGUUGUGUCAGCCAAAAAUGAUAUCCGUGUGGAGAUUGUCCAUAAGGAGCCUACCUCUGGCCGGGAAGCUGAAGAGCACCCCACCAUUAAACAACUGAUGAUGGACCGGGGUGAAUUCCAACAAGACUCUGUGCUGAAGCAGCUGGAGGUUCUCAAAGAAGAAGAGAAGGAGUUCCAGAACCUGAAGGAUCCCACCAACGGCUACUACAGCGUCAACACCUUCAAAGAGCAUCACUCAACCCCCACCAUCUCGCUGUCCAGCGGCCAGCCGGACCUGCGCCCUGCGGGCAAGCAGCGGGUGCCCACGGGCAUGUCCUUCACCAACAUCUACAGCACCCUGAGCGGCCAGAGCCGCCUCUACGACUACGGGCAGAGGUUCGUGCUGGGCAUGGGCAGCUCGUCCAUCGAGCUCUGCGAGCGAGAGUUCCAGAGGGCCUCCCUCAGUGACAGCAGCUCCUUCCUGGACACGCAGUGCGACAGCAGCGUCAGCAGCAGCGGCAAGCAGGACGGCUACGUGCAGUUCGACAAGGCCAGCAAGGCCUCAGCCUCCUCCUCCCACCACUCCCAGUCCUCUUCCCAGAACUCCGACCCCAGCCGGCCCCUGCAGCGGCGGAUGCAGACUCACGUCUGAGGGUUGGAGGCCGGGCGAGGCCGGGGGAGGGCAGGAGGAGAAGAGCUGGCACACGGGGUUGGGCACUUUGCAGAGCCCACCCCGGGACAGCCUCCGAGUGCCUCUCCAGCACCCUCCUUCGAAGCUCUGAUCAAGCACAACCCGGCCCAGCUACCGUGCACCUGAGGGCAACUGGGCGGAGGAGGCGGCAGGGGGUGUUGUGCUCGGGUGGACGGCCACCCUUCAGCCCCUUGCCAGAGGUCCCUCUACCGCUCCUCCCACGGAACCUCUUGGCAGCUCUAAACUUCGCUUUAAUGAAACUGCCGUCCACUCUCCGAUCUCCCCGUGGGCUCUCUCUCCCCUUUCUGCCCAUAAGCCCCACCCCUGUGUCGGUGCCCCUAGAAAGCCCCGGAAGAAGGGGGCGGGGUGAAGUUCUUCCCAACACUGAGCUGCCCCAGCGAUCCCGGCUCCCGCGCUGCCCAGAGCCCCUACCUGGAGGCUGAGAGCCAGAAACGGCCUUGGCCAAAGAAACGUCUCUCACCACCCUGGCCAGCAGCCCGCCCCCAAUUUGUUUGGUGUUGUGUGUCUAUACCCUUGCAGUUCCGUCUUUGGACUUGAUGCCUCUGAACUCUGAGGUGGUGCACUGGGGCGGGGGGUGGGGGGGAAGGAGGGCCAGGCUGAGUACUUGGUGAACGCUUUGCGCACCGCGCCCCUCCUGCGCUGUGUGAUCCAGAGCUCCCACCCACCCCUGCUUUGUGGACUCCCCUCCUGACCCACAGCACAAGCGGAGUUAAUAUAAGAAGUGUGAGAGCU